GUUCUUGCUGUUUGCUUAAUUCUAUUGCUCACAAUGUCUGAGACCGCGCCGCCGGUUCUCGCAGCUUCCCCUCCUCCUGAGAAGCCUUCGGCUGCAAAAAAGAUGAAGAAGCCUGCGAAGGUUCCAGUAGCUGCCAAGAAAAGGCCCGCGGGCCCUCCGGUGUCUGAGCUGAUCUUGCAAGCCGUCUCCUCCAAGGAACGCAGCGGCGUGUCGCUGGCUGCGCUCAAGAAGGCGCUGGCGGCCGCUGGCUACGACGUGGAGAAGAACAACAGCCGCAUCAAGCUGGGCCUCAAGAGCCUUGUGAGCAAGGGUGCCCUGAUGCAGACCAAGGGCACCGGCGCCUCGGGCUCUUUCAAACCCACUAAGAAAGUAACCUCCAUUGAAACUAAACCCAAUACCACAGAAGUGGAGUCAAAACCCAAGGUAAUCGCAAAAAAAGCCUCUGUGGCUGCUUCUAAGAAAAGUGUCAAGUCUUUGAAAACUGCCAAAAGGCCAGCCGUGGCAAAGAAGCCCAAGGUUGUGAAGCCUAAGAAAGUAGUAAAGAGCCCUCUUGAAACAAAGGCUGUGAAGCCCAAAGCGACCAAGACAAAGGUGAACAAGCCCAAGACUGCCAAGCGCAGGAAGGUGGCGCCCAAGAGGAAGUAAGAGGUUCGUCCGGUUGGAAACUUUCUCCAGUAACCCAACGGCUCUUUUAAGAGCCACCAACGUAUUUCAAGGAAGAGCUCUAGCACGCAAGUCUCUGGGCUAUUGUUAGUUUCAGCCCUCAACAAGUGUAAUAGUGUGCUCUCAGCCCAAUCUGCUGAACAUGAGGAUCAUAUUGAAUUACUUCCGUCCGCAGCUUAAAAGUGCAGCAAACUCAAGGAGCUACCUCGUCCUUUGUUCUGCCUGUCUUACGACCCUUGUACAAGAAACAUCUAGGAGAAUUUCUCAUAACUACCUUGACAUCCCAUACCCCCAAACAGCCAAAAUUGGCAAUUCUCUAGCUUCGGUUUAUCUCUGCUAGUGCUGGAUGUGUGGACGACGCCCUCACUCGAUUUUCCUGGUGGCCUCAUCCAAGCGGGGACGUUGGGUACUCGGGGCAGUACUGCUAAAGCGGCCAUCUUUGAAAUUACUACUUUCAGAAAUGCUUUUAGGGUAAUCAAUAAAACCCUUAGCUCCACCACGCCCUCCGAUGUGAGCCAGCUGUCCGUCCUUGGGAAUGACUGUGACGCGCCUGUAUAAAUGGCGUUGUCGAGAGCACCACAAGAGGCCUCGCAAGCCUCUGGCAGCGCCAUCCCAGCAGAGCUCGGAUGGUGUGGGUUGCUCUUGCUGGCGCGGCGCCUUAUUCUGUGUCGGUUUGCAGGCUGUAAAUUAGUUUCCGGUCAUGGUCAGGACAAAAGAGCUUGGCUGCAAUGGGGUUUUACAGCUAAAUCAAAAGCCCUUACCCGGUUUCGCUAUAGUAAUAGAAUGGGCCUGAUUGGACAUUUGAAAAUCCCCUGUGCCCAGGUAGAUCAUACUUCACCGCGUGCAGGGUUUCAAUCCUGGUGGUGGUGCUACAACACAUUAGUUGAUGGACACUGCCGCAAAAUUGCCUCCUAACGCUUUUGAAAUUUACUUUUGGGGUUGAAAUUUUAAUGUUUUUACAUCUGAGGAGCUAUGUUUACUCACGUAUACCCAACUCAGUAAAAUUUAUUUUUACAUAUGUGCAUAUUUUUUAAAGUGACCUUUUUUCUCCAUUGUUUUACUUGGCUCCCUCCAUCCCUUAACAUCCUCCGUACAGACACUUGACAUCCCUGCUCUCCCUCCGUCAAACUGGUAUGUAGUAAUGUUUUCCUUUGAAUUCAGCUUUUUACCUAUACCCAUCCAUACACACAUGGUUUUCAGUUAGGGGUAUUUGCAAAACGGUGAAAUUAUAUGUAUAUGCUUAUCUGCAUCUUGCUUUUUCUCUUUUAGAAAGUCUUUCAAAAAUCCUUUCACGUCAAAUCCUCUUUUCUAUUGCCUUCUCGUGGAGUUGCAUAAUUUGCACCAUUUUCUCAUAAGCACUGAUGUUUCCAUUUACUGCUGCUGACCAUGGUGCGAAGGAGUUCGAACCCUGAAAUUGCUUGAUUAGACUGUAUUUUAAAUUUCAGCUGGUGCUCACAGAUCCUGAAAAUAGCUCCCCUCUCUCCAUUCCAACCAUUAAAGAGGGGCCUUACUUACGUCUGUCUAAAGGGUGUAAAGUUAUUUCACAUUGCCUCUGAUUUGCAUUACCACAGCCACUGGUGCAUCCUUUCUUUAGGUUAUAUUGGCCAUUUGAGUAUGCUGGGGAGGAAAUUUCCUCCACCCCUCCAGGUUCUUCAAGCUGGUCUACAAUGAAAUUGACAUGAGACAGAAGAGGAAAAAAAAAACACCAAAGUUUAAUUCCCUACAAACCGGGAAGCCAUACACGUGGAUUGCAAAGACAGUCAGGAACAAUGAGGUAUAUAUAUAGGUCACCCUGAACCAAGGAGAAGUGGUUAGGGAUCAGAGAGUUCAAAGGGAAAGUGAAGCAGUUCACAGGAAUGUUAAAGGAGUAAAUGUUUGGUUAAAAAAAUUAUGAUGGGCUACACAGAAAUCAACAGGGCACAGAGGAAUUUUAACAGAUGUAGCCACAUCCUUGUCUAUCAUGCCUAGUGUACAUUAUAAUAUAGCUAUCUAUGGUGAUAGCUCUCCUCCUUGAGCAUGCCUUCUAAAUUAUUUUUAUGCAUUGGAAGAGAGGGAGGUCAAAGUUUCAGUCUUUUGGGUUGUGAUUAUUCUCAACUCUGAGAAAAUCUGCAUGUCAUAAUGGCACAUCUUGGGGCAGCCUGCUCCUUGACCCCUAUAGUUUACCCUUAGAGAAUUCCCAUUUAUCUCUUUGCUCAUAUUUUCAUUGGGCAGUUUGUCUUUUUCUUGUUCCAUUGUGGCUUUUGUUUUGUUUUAUAAUAGAAAAAUGAAGUUUAUAUUCAUCACCUGUAUUGCAGAUAGUUUUCUAAUUUUGGCAUUCUUCCCCUAUAUUUUCUUUACGGUGUAUUUUCCAUUUAUAUGUAUUAUGUACAAUGCAUAAAAUUUUUUAAAUUAUAUGUUUUAAUCACAAAUGUAUCUUUUCUUUUUUAGCUUCCAGAUUUCUACUCUUAAUGUUAAGAAACUAAAUCCCACCCCUCUAUUAUUUAUUCAGCUUCCUAGGUUUUUCUAAAAAUUUUGCUGCUUAAAAAAAGAAAUUAGGUCUCUAAUCUAUCUAGAAUUUAUUUUAUGUAGUUCAAGAUAGAGUCCAAGUUUACAUUCUCCCAGAUGGAUAGCCAGUUGUUCUAAUACCAUUUAUUAAAUAUUCCAUUGAUUUCUUCCACUUAAUUGAGAUAUACCAUCUUUGUUAAUAAUCAUUUCUUGUAUACUGGAUCUUUUUCUAUAGUCUUACUUUUUUAUUGAUGUCUCCAUAUAAGCCAUGUACUGUUCUUAGUUCUAUUCCUAAUUAUUUUAUAUGCUUGUUUCUGUUGUGAAUGGCAUACGCUCUCACUUCCAUUUUUUAGAUCUUACUAGAAGAAAUGUAUUGGUAUGUUGUAUAAGCAAACUUACCAAUUUCUAUAAUUCUUUAUUCUUUAAAGAACAUUUUUCCUAGUCAUCAGCAAAAUUUGUUUUUUUUUCCUCAAUGUGAAUACCAACCAUUUCAUUUUUUGGGGUGGGGGGGGCUGCAUUUGCUGGAUUUGUGAUCAUACUGGUUUGCAAGAGCUAACUGCUAAAUUUUCAGGCCUUUUGUGAGCUGGUUGUUUAAACUUAGUGAUUAUUAAAAACUAAAUAAACUUACAAUUAAAUAACUUACAUAGAAAAAACAAAGUUAAUGAAUACCUACAUCUAAUAUUUUACUAUCAUUAUUCAUGAGGUUGUUCACGUCUCUUGUAUCUGUGUGAUGGAAAAUGCACAGAGGCACACAAUUGAGUAUUUCUUCCCAGUUCCAUGUUCAGUCACAUUGAUAGUUUGAAGUAUGGCAGGAAUAAUUUCACAGAAAUGGGCAAACACUAAAAAUCAGGGUAUUUUUGUUUUUGUUUUGAGUAU